AUGUCAGGCGUCGCUGUAUUUGGCGGACCAAGGGACCCCUUUGCAGCGUCGUUUGUUGCCUCUGAGCCUUACUUCCUGGGUGCUGGUGCCGGACUUCGAGCCGCCGUAGGCCUCGUCGAGAGCGGACUCGACACGGCUGUUGUGACCAAGUUGUUUCCAACACGGUCUCAUACAGUGGCCGCCCAAGGGGGGAUCAAUGCUGCCCUAGCGAACAUGCACGAGGAUGAUUGGAAAUGGCACAUGUACGAUACGGUCAAAGGGUCAGAUUGGCUGGGUGACCAAGAUGCGAUCCAUUACAUGUGCCGCGAGGCCCCCAGAGCUGUGAGAGAACUCGAAGAGUACGGAAUGCCAUUCAGCCGCACCGAGCAAGGCACAAUUUAUCAGCGUCCCUUGGGAGGGCAGAGCCUGAAUUUCGGCACCGGUGGACAGGCCCACCGGACCGCAUGUGUGGCUGAUAGAACCGGCCACUCUAUGCUGCAUACACUGUAUGGCCAGGCCCUCAAGCAUAACUGCCAAUUCCAUAUCGAGUGGUUUGCACUGGACCUGAUGAUGGACGGGAAGAAUUGUAUCGGGCUGACGGCGCUUGACAUGGAAACGGGCACCUUUCAUCGUGUCUUUGCCAGGAACACUAUUCUCGCCACGGGUGGCUAUGGUCGCUGUUACUUUAGUGCAACUUCAGCACAUACCUCAACCGGCGACGGCCUAGCAAUGGCUGCAAGAGCUGGCCUCCCUCUUCAGGAUAUGGAAUUUGUACAAUUCCACCCCAGCGGCAUUUAUGGCGCUGGCGUUCUGAUUUCGGAGGGCGCCAGAGGUGAAGGGGGAUAUCUGCUAAACGGCGAAGGAGAGCGUUUCAUGGAACGUUAUGCUCCAACAGCCAAAGAUCUUGCAAGCCGUGACGUCGUGAGUCGGAGCAUGAACAUGGAGAUCAGAGAGGGCCGUGGGUGUGGUCCAGACAAGGAUCACAUCUUCCUCCAGCUGUCACAUCUGCCAAGAGAGAUCCUCAUGGAAAGGCUGCCAGGAAUUGCAGAGACUGCCAGCAUUUUCUCGGGUGUGGAUGUGACGAAACAGCCGAUUCCUGUUUUACCAACUGUACACUACUGUAUGGGAGGCAUACCUACAAACUGGAAAGGCCAAGUUUUAGAUGUGGACCCAAGCACUGGAGAAGAGACUGCUGUCAGAGGUCUAUAUGCGGCUGGAGAGGUUGCCUGUGUCUCGGUGCACGGCGCUAACCGCCUGGGAGCCAACAGCUUGCUAGAUAUUGUCGUCUUCGGCCGGGCUGCUGCCGGACACAUCGCUGAAAACAAUGAGAAAGGAAUGCCGUUCCUCAGGAAUGGGGGCAGCGUCUCGUCGGAGACAGGGGUGGAGGGUUUUGUUGACCUGGAACGCCUGCGAAACGCCGACGGAGAGAGGUUGACGGCUGAGCUUCGUGCGGACAUGCAAAAGAACAUGCAGAACGACAUAGCGGUCUUCCGAACGGAAGAAAGUUUGACGACAGGCCUCGGGAACCUUCAACAAGUGGAAAAGGACUUCAAUGCAGACGUUUGCGUGAAAGACAAGAGUCUCAUCUGGAACUCCGAUCUCGUGGAAACGUUGGAGUUGCGCAAUCUUCUGACAUGUGCUGCCCAAACCGCCAAGAGUGCACUCGAAAGAAAGGAGUCGCGCGGCUCUCAUGCUCGCGAGGAUUUCCCAGAAAGAGAUGAUCAGAAGUUCAUGCGGCAUUCCUUGAGCUGGCAGAGGGAUGUCGGCCAAGACAUAGCCAUUGGCUACCGGGAUGUGAUCUUUUCCACCCUCGAUGAGCAGGAAUGCCAGACUGUACCGCCGAAGAAAAGGUCAUAUUGA